AUGAAUGAACAACAUGUUGCGAAUUAUGGAUCUGUUUGGGAAGAAAUACAAGUAGGUGGCACACCUGGAAGACCACCACUUCAUAACAUUUUCAGGCAAGAAUUGAUAAUUGACCACCGUAUUAUGAACCAUAUAAGAACAUGCACAAUAGAAGAAGCAAACAGAGUGUUAGGAUGCGAUUGGAGUUUUUCUCAAGAAAAACUUGCUGCAUUUAUUGCAAUUUUAUAUGCACGAGCUGCAUAUGGAGCAAAUAAUUUGAAACUUUCUUUUUUGUGGAAUAACAUAUGGGGGCCUGAAUUUUUUUCUGAAACUAUUACUAUAGAUGAAUAG